CUUGCUUGCUUGGGUGUCCGAAGGUUGCUGCCAUCACACCCGCCACGCGUGCACUCGUCCAUCGUCAAGGGGGUGCAAGCAGCAAACCACUUUUCACGCCAUUCUUGCCAACCACCACCCUCCUUCACAUCAACACACCCUUUGUCGUGAAUGCUGGUCCACGAUACGGCGUCUCUUCUCAUGACAGUGCAGGUGCUGUUUUAUUCUGUGUGAAAGCCUCCAACACCACACCACAGAAGAGGCAGCAUGCCUCGCACCAGGGCAAGCACAUCCUCAACAGGAGGAAGCUCUGUAUUCUCCCAUCGCCAAGCAUCACGACUAUUCAUAGACGCCGAAGGGGAACUCCACAUCGAUGCCCUUCGCUACUUGGAGCAGGAGCUUGCUGUAGAUUUGGACGCCUCUGUUGCCACCUUCAAACAAUGCACAGCGCCAUUAUCAUCACAGUUGGAGCCCAGCGCACCAGAUGGAAAUGCGAGCGCAAACAGCCCCCUCACGCUCAGAGAAGCGAUAUCUCAGCUACGCAGGGGCAUACCUCUCAAUGUGGGCACCACGCUCUUUCCAAAGCGAUACAUGACUGUCAAGCUUGCGCCGGCGUGCGACCACCUGGUGUUUCUGGAGCAGGACGGGACAAACAGUUUCCGGUUGGACUUUGAAAGCAUCUGCGAUGUGCGGUGGGGACGGAUGCCGCUUGACGCGACACCACGCGCACGCAACGCUGUCUGCGAAGUCACAAACACCUGCAUCACCAUAGUUGUGUGGCACGACUGGAUGCGGUGGUCCUUUGUUGCACUCGCAACAACGGAGGAGAGCCAGCUGCGGGUGUGUCACGGCGUCAUUCAUCAGCUCUGCCGCAGUCUGAUGAAACAGCAGCGCUCCCUUGCAUACAGGCUCCGUUGCCUGCAUGCACAGAUGCGCCUCACGCAGCCUUCACUGACGCCAGCCGAGGUGCUGCCGCGCCUGCUGACUGGCGAUCUUCACAGCCGCCAAACGCCUUGGCUUCGCGCCUCCCCAAAGCGACCAUCGCUCCCGUCCAUUUUUGAUCGGUUCCACAGCUCCACGCACUGUGCAGACCCAACACUCAAGCACCUCAGUCCAGAUGCAACCCUCAACACGGCUGCAGGGCUGCGGCACACAUAUGCAGUCGCUGUUGCGUCUGAAUUCGACUUUUUGGAGUCGUUCUUCCUAUCUUUCACUGGCGGCGCCCAAACCAUGUGCUGGAGUGUCCUGCUCCACUUUCUGCAGGAGCAUCAAGGCGAACGGAGCGCCGACAAGAGCAAAUGCAAUCGCAUCAUCGAGGAAUUUGAACCAACAAACGCAAACAGAGACAAGCGGUGCCUCUCGCUCGCUGGGUUCGUUGCGUAUCUGCUGAGCGACGAGCACGGGAGCGCCCUUGAUCCAGCUCACCGCCACGUGUGCCAGGAUAUGACGCAGCCGCUCUCGCACUACUUUGCCUCCUCCUCCCACAACACAUACGCGUUUGAACGCCAGUUCAUCUUUGAUCGCCGCAAGCUCGAUUACUCGUCCGUGGAGAUGUAUGUGCAGUGCCUGCUGCGCGCCUGCCGGUCCGUCGAAUUGGACUGCUGGGAUGGCGAUGAUGGCGAACCAGAAAUCACGCACGCAGUCAGCACGCGUCUUGGUGUGACCACGUUUCUUACGCGCAUCAAGUUCACGUCUGUGGUGCGGGCCAUCAACGAGUAUGCAUUCGUCAGCUCGGGUUAUCCGCUCACCCUCUCCCUCGAAGACCACUGCAGCAUCAAGCAGCAAGAGAAGAUGGCACGGUACUUUGUGGAAGUGUUUGGCGACAAGUUGUUGACGCAGAUGCUGCCUGGACACGACAAAGAUGAACUGCCGUCACCACAGGCCCUCAGAGGCAAAAUCCUCAUCAAGCACAAGAAACUCGGCGUGAGCACACGUCACAAGGACGUCCUUCUCAGAGCACGCGGCAUCAUGCGUCUUGGAUAUGAUCCGCAGCAAGACGACGAGAACGUGAAGGAGCUUCGUGAGAUUGCGUCCGCGCAACAUCACACGGAUGAAAUGCUUGAAAUUGUCGCGCAGAUGGAAGCGAUGGCGGAGAGUGGCGAGGUUGUUCUGCCCGUGUCGGAUAUGGACGGAGCCCCAACAGGCCCUGAUGGUGGUGACGGUGGCGGUGCUGACGGUGAAGGUGAUGAUGGGCGAGGGCAAAGGGCAACGAAAAUGCAGAGCAUGCUCAAGCGCGCAAGGAACCUGUUCAACUUUGGCCGAUUGAAGCAGUCAUCACACAGCAAGCAUGACGACGGCACCGCUGAUGGCAACAACGACCACACCAUGACUCACGGCGCCAUGAUGCCAACACAGGUGCUCAGCAACACAAGAAGCGACGACAUCACGAGUGACAGCACGAACGCGAACACCACCACCGCCACCUCGUCGCCAACCCGCCAGCAACGCAACCGCGCCACGAGUGUGAGCUCGAAGAAGAACAAAAACGGGUAUGUGCCGGCUGACGCCUUUGUGCGCAUGCUUCACGCCGCGCAGCAAGCCGCCAAGACGGGAGGGCAGAGUCCAUCGCGGCCAUCGACAGCUGUUGGUGUAGCGCGCACGGACGCAGCAGCGGUGGAGCAGAGUGAUGCAACGACAGCAGCGGCAGAAGCAACAGAACAACAGCCCCAGCGACAAGAGUCACACCGCCGUCGCAGCUCGUCCAUGCGUGAACCGCGGGAGGACCAACGCCACCUCAUUCGCAGCGACGCGUUUGAUGGUCCAGAUGUGUCACAGCAGGGGCGUCGUCGUCGCAGCUCCAGCGUCCCGCUCCCAGGGCCGCGCAACCUCCCACCAAACGUGUUCUCGAGUGAAGACUCCACGGAAGAUGCGUCCAGUCGGAACGAAACGCGGAAUGGUGACGGCAGCGCUUCGCUUCGUCACGAUAACGGACACGUGCAGCCUGUUCGUGCCAACAACACGCGGCAUGAGCCGUUGUCAGCGCUGCCCUCGCCCGCUGGCACGAGGAAGCGCCACUAUGUCAUUCACAUCUCAGCAGACACGGUUGAUGAGAGCUUGCCUGCAAGCAAGGCUGUUGCGGUUGCACAGAUGGAAGGCCGAGCGCAAUGCAGCGAUCCACCACAGCACAAUGCUGGUCCGGCUGGUCGGUUCGCUCCCAUUCGUGGUGAUGACAAUGGCGAUGAUGGUGACGACGACGAUGACAAUGAUGCGGAUGAUGGGAACGCCAACGCUGAUGGUGGUCGUGCCAGUGGUGGUGGUGGAGGCAGGCGUUGGAGCAUUGGCACCGGCAGACAUCGCCGCUCGAGCCUGUCGCCAUCGCACGGGCUGCUGACCGUUGACAUACCCCCUCGGCCCGUGAGCGCAUGCUCCUCGCGACGCCCACGAUCAAGGGGGCGCCAUCAGAGCGCAUCUCACGCCACGCAGAACAUCGUGCGCCGUUUCCGCAAAUUGAGCUCGCACUACAACGUCUUCCACGGCCGCGGCGGCCGCCAGCACGACCACGAUGACGACGACGAUGAUGACUACACCGAGGGCAGAACGCACAGGCGCCGCUCCUCCUCCUGCCCGACGAAAUCGAAAGCGAAGAGCAAGGCGGCAUCGGCUGCAGACGAGAGAGGCUGCGACUACACGCGCAUUUACCAGCACUACACGACCCGGCGUGGCGCAAGGCAGCAGAACGUCGACGAUCGCGACGUUUCUGUCGGUGAAAACUACCUGGCAACUCUGGACAAUUUUGAGUUUGAUUUGCUCUUGAUGCGCUACCAGACGGUGGAGGAGAUGGCGGCAUAUGGGCAUCGCCAGCCGCUCGUUGCCGAGUCGAUGUCUGAUCUCGUCAUCUACACGCGCGCGGUGAAGUUUACGCGCUUUGCGUCCAAGCAUCCACGUGCGCCAGGCAACGGCACGUGCAACGCAGAGGGGGAGCCACACCUCCCCGUCUUUGCAUAUGAGAUGUCCAGCUUCAGCGAGGAGGCAGACAAGAUGCCCGUGCGAAAGAUGCUUGUGUCGUUCCAGGAGCACAAUAUGUACAAGCUGACACGCAUUUACCCCAACGGAAAGCGCUUUGACUCUUCAAACUUCAAUCCGAUUAUGUUUUGGGGCGCUGGGUGCCAACUCGUGUCACUGAACUGGCAGACGCCUGACACGAACAUGCUGCUGUACAACGCAUUUUUCCAGCACCUGAACGGCGGCUGUGGAUAUGUCCUCAAGCCAAAGUUCAUGCGCGACCCAGAACUGUGCCAUGAUCGACUGGAGGCAGUUGCACGUGGCGACAUGCACGCGUUUUCCAUCUCUGUCCUCUCGUGUGUGAACUUGCCUGGCGAAGGCCUGUUCACGGUGGAGGUGGAGGUGCACACCCUCAACAGCAGCAGCCCAAAGAUCUUCCAGACAAAGGAGGUGGUAGCUUCGUCUUCUCUCAACAAGCUCGCCCCUCAGUGGUGCCAGAACAUUCGAUUCAAGGUGACGUUUCCAGAGAUGACGAUGCUGCGGUUUCGCCUCGUGCGCAGAAAAGCAACAAAGGCACAGCUGCAGCGGCCAAAGUCGCAUCUCCACGCCAUGCAGCAAGCACUCGCAGGCACGGGCAGCAAGCUGGCGACGGCAACGCUCUUUGAGCAUGGCCACAAGAGCAAGGAUACAAGCAAUCAUGCAGCAACAGCAGCAGCAGCGGCGGCGGCGGCGACAUCGUCCUCAGCAACAGCAACGCCAUCGCCAGCGGAUGAUGACAGCAAGGAUGGUGGAUUGCCUGGAAAGAAAUGGACGUUUGCAAGCGCCGCAUUUGGUCGCAAGUCCGCACCAUCGUCAUCGCCAUCAUCGCCCACACAGCAUGCAGCACCAACAACACCAACAGCUGGUGGCUCGGAGCAAACAAUGUCACCUUCUCCACAACAACAGCAGCAACAGCAACACCAGUCAUCCACUGCUGCGACAUCAAGACCCGAGACGAGAGGAGAAUCAGCAACAGAAGGCGAUGAUGCGACGGAUGCGAAGAAGAACAAGAAGAAGAAUAAGCGAAAGGGGCGACAGCGUGCAGACUCCAAUGGGGAAAGCGGACCCAAAGUCCUGGAGGCGUGGCUGCCACUGACUGCGCUGCGCUCGGGGUUGCGUCAUGUCACGCUUGUGCCGGAAGGCGUGGAGGCCCUCAACGUCAUCACCAGCACAGGCCCCUUGCAAGGCUUUGCCAAGCGCAGUGCCAAGGCGCAACCGCUGUACCCAAACGUGAGCAAGCAGGUGUUCUCCGCAGAAGGAAAACGCUCGCUCUUGGCCGGUGUGCUGGUGGGUGGCAGCACGACAGCCAACCUGCCCGGGUCCCGCGUGCCGACGGUCAACGCCCUCCCGUGCACGCUGCUCUUGAACAUCUUCAGCAGCACGAUCAAGGGGGACAGCACCCAAGCCGUUAGCUUAGACGGUGAUGUGAUGGGCGCAUCCCGCAGUCGUGUCAACAGCAACGCCACCAAGCGCAGCAGAGCAGACAGCAGUGCCACCCGAAGCAGAACAAACAGCAACACGACCAAGCGGGCUGGCAAAGUCGCCCCACCCACUGCUGUUGUCGAGGCCGUGAAUGGCGCUGCUGAUGCAACACCAGCAACAAUGACGAUGGCGAGCAACAGCAGCGGUAGCGUUGAGGAUGGUGUCGGUGCUGCUGACUCAGCAUUGGUGCCAGUGCUUGAGUCAAAACCCGUUCGCGACGAAGAUGAAGCGGUGCAACUUGAUUCAAGCAACGACAGCCCAGGCACCGUGAUGGGCACAGGCACAGGCACCCGUGGCACCAGCCAAAGCAGCAGCAACACCCUUGCUGUGCACAGUGAUUUCUCUGAAGGCGGGCAGCAGCGUGCACGCACGCUCUCACGCAGAGCGUCCAAACUCUUUCGCUCCCCGUCAUCAUGGCUGCGCCUGUCCGAGAAGCGUGCACAGCUGGAGCUGGCAGUAACACAGCAGCAGCAGCAGCAGCAGCAGCAGCAGCAGCAGCAGUGGGCAGGUGGGUCUGAUGGCAGUGUGCAAGUGCGCGGACCUGAGCGAACUGAGCGACAGAGUGCAGCUUCGUCCACGGAACAAGCGUCCCUUUCUGGCUCGCUCAACAAGGCGUUUCGCUUGCACCUACGCGAGCCCUUGUGCCAAGUGGGAACACCAUCACAGUACUUCCUCGCACCGGCAUCUGCAAGCAGCUGUGACCUCCAGUUACAGGCGCCCACGUUUGCGCGCGUGUACCUGGAGACAUCUGUAAUGCCCCACCGUCACAGCAGCAGCAAUUCUCGGACAUCUCACAUCAUCAUGAUCACCAGCAGCACUACGAUGCACGCCAUCGCACACACCCUCCUGCAGUUGUCUCAGAGCAGCAGUGAGAGCCACGUGGGUGUACAUGAACUGUCCCUCGUGCACGCAGACGAUGCCGUGUGCACACGUGCGUUUGACCAGAAGCCCAUGCCGGAGGAGGCCAGUGAUCAGAACAGCGACACUGCCGUUGAGCCGUAUGUGCUGUUUCCGCAUGGCCUGCGGCGCGUGACAUACAGGACACACAUGCAAGUGGACGUGAACGAGAACACACAGGUGUUCUUUGUGUUUGCUGAAGUGAAGGCGCACGAAGAGGACACAGAAAGUCAGCGCAACGCUGCUGCACGCCUCGUCGCCCAAGUCAAGGAAGCGAGAGCAUCGCAACAGGCCUCACAAGAAUCCUCGCCACAACAGCAGCAGCAGCAGCAGCAAAUGGAGGAAGAGCAAACAGCCGUCGCAGCCCCUGACCCGAGCCAGAACGGUAAUGAUGACGACGCUGAUGGUGAUGACGAUGCCAAUGACGACUCAGCAGCGUCGAGCCCUGCGGAUUUGAGCAAGGAGAGCAGGGGACUGUCGACACGUAAGCGCAUGCUGAAAGGGCUGAAACGUCUGGCGAUGCCGUGGUCACGCAACAAGCCUGCAGGCGGCAAAAUGCGACGGCGCAAGGGGUCGGCCCAAGCGCUGUUUAUGGUGGUCACACCCACGCAUUUGCUGUUCGUUGAGCCGGAACAAGCAGAGGCGCAGGUGUGUGUGCCGCUGUCGGAACUGGCUGGCCUGCGUGGCUCUGUGGAUGCCGGCAACAUGGACCUGACGUGUGCCACGCACACCAUCAGGCUGAGGCCGACUGGCGAAGCGCAGUGGAUGCUGCUGUGCAACACGCUGUCGCAGCACACCACCUGCUCUCCCCUUCACACGCCGUCUGUGCAGUCGAGCAAAGGCAGCCGGGGCCGCCGCCGCCGCCGCCGCCGCAACAACACCAGCGCAAGCAGCGGGGUGACCAUUAGCAGUCGCUGUGACAGCACGCAUCACCUGCCCAGCUUUGACGGGGAUGGUGACUCUGUGCGUUCGCACCGCGGCAGUGGCCAGCGCAGUGGCGGGUCGUCUGUGUCCGCAGACACGCGCGUGUGCGUGUCCAAGUCGUCGUCACUACGAUUGCAGUCGGGUGGCUCGCGUGCGCACAUGCGUCUUCGCAGAGCAACAGCGCUCAGCAGUCUGAGCAUUGACAGCACACAGGCGGGCGCGAGGGGCACCAGCGGGGCAGAUGGCACAUGCAGCGACGCCGAACGACACGAUCGCGGCCAUGCCUACAACUACGAUGGUGAUGAUGAUGGUGUGGUGAACAGUGAGGCAACCCACAGUGGCAGCAGUAGCAGCAUGCUCCACGCCACCAUCAUGCAGCACGCGCGUGGCCGGGGGCAGCUGUCACGGAUGACGAGUGGCGCCAGUGUCAUCAGCUCUGCGUUUGCGAGCAAGUCCUCCCGCCCCGGAUCCAGCCUUGCCUCGCGGCCAAGCUCAAGCCGCCGUCCGCACCACACGUGGUUGUGCGGUGCAGGCAGCAGCAGCAACAGCAGCGAUUUUCUUGCUGGUGGCAUUGAGUGUGGCGGUGCAGGGUCGCGAACAAGCAGCGUCGUUACCAACAGUGCAAACCAGGGUAGCACCUCCUCCCUUGCCCUGUCGUGGUCCCGUGCAUCGUCAGCGCGUGGUCGGCGCCCACGCAGCAGGCAGUUGUCGCGUCAAGGCAGCUGCAUGGAUGAUUAUGACAACCUCAUGCCUGUAACCGCCCAUCCCACUGGCACGAUGUUCACGACCGCGCCGGAGGAGCUGUGCCACGAGGCGAUGGUCGAGCUUGAUCGGAAGCAGAUGGCAACCAGCGACCACCAACGCAGCAGCGCACAUGUCAGUGCCAGCGCCAGCAAGACUUUCCGUGGUGUUGGCGGUGGCGUUGAUGGUGAUGAUGAUGAUGAUGAUGAUGAUCGAUUGGAUGACGACACGCGUCGACGCAUGCGGCUGCUGCUCGGCGAUGGGGAGGGCGGUGUGCGGGACCCAGAUGGCAUCUUUGAUUCGGAUGGCGAUGACACCGACGAUGACAGCAUCAAUCUCUCUAGUGGUGGUGUUGGUUGUCGCCGUGCCCGUGGCGGCAGCGUUGGCGUUGGCUUUGGCGUUGGCGACGGUGAUGGUGGUGACAGCCUCAACACGACUGUGGAUGGCAACGAUGAUACGGCUCAGCUUGAAGACAUCACACCAACGCCAACCGCCAUCUAUUGCCCGCGCGGAUCUGACGCUGACAGCGUGGUCACGCUGCGUGAUGGUGACGGCGACGACGGUCGUUGCGCUGGCCAAGGGCACGCAUGGCGUGACAUGGGUGAACAGCAAGGGCAACGGGAGCGGCAGAGUCGGCGGAUGAGCCGUGGCCGUAACAGCUGCAUGGCGCGUUCCGUACCAGAGACACGCCGUCGCCGCCACAUGGACUUUGAUGAUGGUCAUGAUGUUGAUGAUGUUGAUGAUCGUGAUCAUGAUGAUGACGCCAGGAGCAAUGGCCUGCGUGGCGCUGAACGGCAGCUUGGACGCCAGUCUGACCACUUGAGUGUGUAUGACAACAUUGUCAAGGAUGAUGACACGGGUUCAAACAGUGCUGUCGCCCGUGGUCGCCACAACAGUCGCCAGCAUCACCUCCUUCUCCAACAACCACAGCAACAGCAACAGCACCACCUAUGCCCUGAUGCCCUUGGCGCGUCAGUCACGUCUCGCCCAAAGUCUGCGCCUGCACCUGGCCGCCGCCGUCGCCGCAACAACACCGUCUCAUACCAUCCCAGCCGCUUUGCUGUGUCGCUCGCCACCAUCGUCGAGUCGCCACGCACCAGCCUGGAUCUCUCACCAUCAUACCACGCUGCGGUGUGUGCGGACACCACAGCUGUGUCUGUCACUGUUGAGAAUGUGACCGCGGCCUCGCCCGUGACUGCGGAUGCCUGCGAGCAAUUGCUGUCACCACAUCAUCAGCAGCACAUGCCACAUCACGGUGCAGCGCGGCUGCUGAGGAAAACGCUGGGUGGUGGUGAAUGUUUGGGCCGGCUCAGCCGUCCACACACAGCACUUGCAAGUGUGCGCACGCCAGAAACACACGCUCGCACGAGCCCUGAUGUGACGCUGCAAGUCAACGAUGCCUCCAAGAGCGGUGACCGUGAUGGCGAUGGGGAGGGUGAGCGCGGUGGAAUGCGUCGUGUUGACAGCAGUGCUCGGCGUCUGCUGCAUGGUGGCAGCUCGCGCCUGCUGCUGUGCAACGGCAUUGUCAUUGAGGAAGAAGACGUGGAUGUUGGUGACGAUGACAGUGCUGGUGAUGGCGGUGGUGGUGUCGGUGACGUGUGUGAAACCGACAACACCACGAGCAGCAUUGCUGUGCCUUGCGUGACGUUUGGCAGUGAUGAUGGCGAUGACGUUGAUGAAGGCGAGGAGUACCAGGAAGAAGAGGACCACUUUCCCCUGCCAGAGGGCGGUGGUGUUGUCGCACUGGAUGACUUCUCUGAUAGCGACGACGAUGAUGACGAUGAUGGUGUUGCUGUUGGCGUUGAUGGCGAUGGCAUCAGCCGUGGUGGCGCUAAGAUGGGGGCUGAGCCUCCAACCAAAGCCAGCAGCUGUGGUGACAAUGACAGUGGAAGCGCUCAUCGUGACACCACGUGCAACACAGUCACUGCAACAGAUGAAGUGGGGACCAAGUCUGCUGGCACGGGCAACACGGAAUGUGCCCGCAGUCCUACCGUCGUCAGCAACAAGGACGCCACGGCAGAUACACCAGCAUCGCUGGCCAAUACGCCAGUUGACUGCACAAAGCAGCUCUGUGUGGCGUCGUCAGCACACACAGCAAUCCGGCCUGGCACAGCGCCCACACGGCCCUGCGCUGCCGCUGGUGAACGCACACGUGACGACAACACCAAUGGUGGUGAUGGUCGUGGCAGUGACCGUGAUGGUGUUGCAAAGCUGCUUGGGCGGCGGUGUUCGUAUGAUGACGCCGUCACCCCCGUCGUUUCCCAGCUCAUGGAACAGCACAUGUUGCGAGCAGCUGCAACGGGUGAUGUCGCCCACGUUGAUGCUGGAGAUGGUUGCGAUGACGACGAGGAGGAUGGGAACGAGCAGGGAUGCUGCUACAGCCACUCCAGCAGUGACUACACCGCGUACACGUGCUCCUGCACCACUGAUGGCAGUGUGUGUGCACGGGGCAACAGCAUUCAGCCACCGUCCAUCGACGAAGACGAUGUUGUGAUGAUGGGUGAUGGCGGUGAGUCGGCUGAGCAGUAUGAGCGCAUCAAGUUUGGACAGGAGUUGACAGACGCCGUGGCUGCGGAGCUGGCAAAGGAAGCGGAAAAACAUUCCUCUGGUGAAAAUGCUGAUGGCAGCACAACGUCACGCCCGUACGACCUCGUCAUUUUCCAAGCCAAGGAAACCAUUCGCGCGCUGCAUGCACGGCGUCGGAUGACACACCCACAAGUGCGACUGCUGCGCUUGGCUGAAACCAUCAUGCGUGAGGCAGCCACCAACAACAUGCUGCACUUGAGCAACACCGACGCUGGCGACGGCGAUGGCCCUGAUAGUGUUCACGUCAACGCUGCAAAGGGGGACGCACUGAUGUCACGCCGGCACGCAGCAUCCCGCAAGCACCACGCUGCUCUGCCGCCACCGCCGCCGCCAAACUGUGUGCGGUCGUCGGAUGAGCGAAUGGCGGCGCUCGCGCGGGUGUGGAACGCGGCUGACAUGCAGGCAAUGCGCGCAACCAUUGCGGCAGCUGCAUCUGCCCGCAACUCUCGCCCGGCAUCGCUUUACGAGGCCAACAGCACGCUUGGCUCGACGAUGUCAAUGCCUCAGGAAGGGCACGCUCUUUGCACCCGGUGCAGCAGCGGCAACGGCCAUGCCAGUUGCAUGCAGGCGGGUUUGGAUGAAUCCGUGCAUGCACACUCUCACCACAGCGUCAAUGAGGACAACGAAGACAAUGACCACACCAACGAGCGGCACGAUGAGCAAAUGAACGGUGCUGCGGUAUUGGACCGCCGUCACCAAUCUUACGGGAGGCACCAGCAGUCUGCAACGACAGCACCAGCAACAACAGGCACCACGCCAACUGCAAAAACAACAGCAAGUCCGUCUUCGCCAACAGAAGCAACCGUGAGAAGCGUUCGCACGACAUCAAGUGGUGCAUCUCGCAAGGCGUUCAGCCCCGCGUCGUCAUCGCCAUCGGAGACGAACUCCAGAUUUGCGUUUGCGCAACUGAUGCGAACGCAACGCACGUCCAUGUCAUCCCCCGUGCUCGCCGUGCCUGGCAGUGCUUCCGGUCAUCACAUCAGCAGCAGUCGUGGUGGCGAUGAUGGCGACGGUCAUGGUGAUGGUGUGUUGAUGGAAGCAGUGAUGCUGAGGUCUGGCUCGUCCAUGGCUGACACGCUGUGCAGCUGCAGCUGUGGCGGCGGCCCCCGUGUGCCGAGUGCCACUAGUGGCUGCGGUGAUCUGAGCAGCACUUGUCAUGACAGCCACAGGGCGUGCACAAGCAGUGGCCACAACGGUAGUAGCAGCAGCAGCAGCGUUAUGGAUGAUGGCAACGCACGUGCAACAUGUGGGCAAGCAAGUGACAUCACCACACACAGGGGAUCCUCCAAGGCCGUUAGCACCGUCGAUUGCAACGACUGCAACAACCAUGAUGACUGCGCAAUUGACACGGACAGUGGACAGGCUGAGUCAUGGAGCGUGCCGAGUGAUGCCGCUGCCGCGCACACGCAGGCGGCCGUGGUGCAGCACUUGCACAUUGCACGUGGUCGCUUGCACGGCACCUUUGCAACGCCGCCGCAGCUGCUUGUUCGCUGCUCGUCACUGCCUGCAUCGCUUCGCUCCACGCCUGCUGCGAGCAGGGCCGCGUCCACCACGCGCACGAACAACGCACCAGCAGCAGCAACAGCAACAGCGGCAGCGGCCCGGGCAAUGGCCAGGCCGCCAACACCUCUUUCCAGUAUGACAGCGGCGUCAGCAGUGCGAUCAGGCCAAAGCGUGCGGAGCAUGCGACCAAAGCAGCAGCGAUCCUCGCUGGCAUCUGUUGCGUCUGCGACGUCCAUUUGCUCCAUGCGCAGCCACGAUAUUGGUGACAGCAGCAGCGUGGCUGCAAAUGGGAGACUUGCGGUUGUACCAGAACAACAGAGACGCACGCUGAUGUCGUCUGCAGCGAUGCACAAGACGGCGUCUGCUCUGUCUGUGUCUGCAAUGAACAGACUCACGCAGUGUCGCGCACGCUCAACGCCACCCACGUCUGCGGCCCUGGAUGCCAUGAACAUCAUGGGGAACGUGAACAGGACCAGCAACAGAAGCAGUGUGUACAGCAACGUCUGUGACAGCGACGACAACAGCGUGCAUGGUGUCGGUCUGGUUGGCGCAGGAUGCAGAUGGGACGAUGACCGCACUGCAUCGGAAGAACCACGGCUGCCGCUGCAUGGUGUGAGGACACACGUGCGACCAAACACCGCCGAUGUCAGCAAUGUUGGUGUUCGCCGACACCGGCUCGACAGCAUUGGCAGCAUUGACAGUAACGGCAGCACUCGUGGUGGUGGUGAUGGUGGUGGCAUGCUCGUGCUGAUGCGAACACGUGCGCGACAGCGCAGACCGCGCGUGAGCAACGUGUGA